UGCCCGAGUUCGAGUCCCGCGUCCGCCCGCUUUGCUCCGCUCCCCGCUGCGGCGCCGCCCGCUCGGCCCCGCUCCGCCGGGGCCCGGCCGGCCGCGGAGAUGGGCGACAUGGAGUCCUACAAGGUGAUGCUGAACGGGCCGGCGCCCUGGGGCUUCAGGCUGCAGGGCGGGAAGGAUUUCAGCAUGCCACUCUCCAUCUCCAGGCUGACGCCGGGCGGGAAGGCAGCCCAGGCCGGUGUGGGAGUGGGCGACUGGGUGCUGUACAUCGACGGGGAGAGCACCAGCUCCAUGACGCACAUCGAGGCCCAGAACAGGAUCCGUGCCUGUGGGGACAGGCUCUGCCUCACCCUGAGCAGAGCCCAGAACCACCUGGGGAAGCCGCAGAAGGACUCACUCCCCUGCUCUGAACCCCUGAAAUAUAACUUCGCUCCCAGCACCGCCCUCAACAAAACAGCUCGGCCCUUUGGGGCCGGCUCGCCUCCGAACCCACGGCCUGGGCUGGUGACGAAACCCGUGACGUACGCGCCCCUGGCGCCCGCCUGCACCCCCCAACACAAUGGGCAGCCCCCGCAGCCGCUGGAGCCCCCCAGCACCUCCAUGUGUGACCCUGUGAAGUUGCGGCUGAUAGAGGACGCUGAGGACUGGCAGCCCCACACCGGGACCUCCCAGUCCCGUUCCUUCCGCAAACUGGCCCGGCUGAUGGGCACAGAUGGCAUGGAGGAUCGUGAGGAUGAGCUUGUUAAAAAGCCCAGGGAUGCCCGUGGGUCUGGCUGGGGCGCAGGGCAGCAGUGGCAGCCCCCACAGCUGCUGGAGCCCCCCAGCACCCCCGUGUGCGAUCCCGGAAAGUUGCGGCUGAAGGAGGAUGCUGAGGACUGGCAGCCCCACACCGGGACCUCCCAGUCCCGCUCCUUCCGCAAACUGGCCCGGCUGAUGGGCACAGAUGGCAUGGAGGAUCGUGAGGAUGAGCUUGUUAAAAAGCCCAGGCAGCCCCCGCAGCCGCUGGAGCCCCCCAGCACCCCCGUGUGCGACCCUGUGAAGUUGCAGCUGAUAGAGGAUGCUGAGGACUGGCAGCCCCGCACUGGGACCUCCCAGUCCCGUUCCUUCUGCAAACUGGCCCGGCUGAUGGGCACAGACAGCAUGGAGGAUCGUGAGGAUGAGCUUGUUAAAAAGCCCAGGCAGCCCCCACAGCUGCUGGAGCCCCCCAGCACCCCCGUGUGCGAUCCCGGAAAGUUGCGGCUGAAGGAGGAUGCUGAGGACUGGCAGCCCCACACUGGGACCUCCCAGUCCCGCUCCUUCCGCAAACUGGCCCGGCUGAUGGGCACAGACGGCAUGGAGGAUCAUGAUGAUGUGUUUGUUAAAAAGCCCAGCCAGGUCUCCGUGCUGGACCCAUCCCCGGGAGCAGCAAUGAAGACUGAGCCAGGACUGGGCCCCAGGACCCCUGCCGCCACCCCCGGCCCUGCCAGUCGCCCACCCUGGGCUGUGGACCCCUCGUUCGCCGAGCGCUAUGCCCCGGACAAGACAAGCACGGUGGUGAGCAAGCACAGCCAGCCAGCCACGCCGACCCCCAUGCAGAACCGCAGCUCCAUCGUGCAGGCAGCCCAGCAAGCCCCCGAAGGGCCCGGCCGCACACCCCUCUGCUACAAGUGCAACAAGGUCAUCAGGGGACGCUACCUGGUGGCGCUGGGACAUUAUUACCACCCCGAGGAGUUCACCUGCUGCCAGUGCAGGAAGGUGCUGGAUGAGGGCGGCUUCUUCGAGGAGAAAGGCUCCAUCUUCUGCCCCAAGUGCUACGACACGCGCUACGCACCCAGCUGCGCCAAGUGCAAGAAGAAGAUCACUGGGGAGGUCAUGCACGCGCUGAAGAUGACCUGGCACGUGCAGUGCUUCACGUGCGCCGCCUGCAAAACUCCCAUCCGUAACCGUGCCUUCUACAUGGAGGAGGGACAGCCCUACUGCGAGAGAGACUACGAGAAGAUGUUUGGCACCAAGUGCCGCGGCUGUGACUUCAAGAUCGAUGCUGGGGACCGGUUCCUGGAGGCGCUGGGGUUCAGCUGGCACGACACUUGCUUCGUCUGUGCGAUCUGCCAGACCAACCUGGAAGGGAAGACGUUCUACUCCAAGAAGGACAAGCCGCUCUGCAAGAGCCAUGCUUUCUCCCACGUGUGAGGGGCGGGAGUUCAGUUGUGCCCACGCGUGCCCCUGGCCCUGCAUGCUCCUCUCCCCCCCCAACCCCCGCUGCCCCCAGGGAGCCAGGCUGGGCCCUCACCCCUUCCCCUUGCUCCUGCCUCUUUCCUAGCAGCUCCUGGCCCAGCUCCAGCAAGAGGCAGUGCUGGGUCCCGAGCCCCUUAUAGCUGGGUGGCUUCUUCUGCGCCCCCCGACUGGCCCUAGGAGCCCUGGUAAGGGGACGCUGCAUGGGUCUCCUGCUCCCCAGCCACACAGUGUGGUGGCCACGGCCGUACCGAGGCUGGCACAGCAGGGCUGCUCCCUUGCUUAGCUGGGGCCCGGCUGCCUGGCAGCUCAGUGCCGGGGCAGGGAUGCUCCUAUAGAACGUCCCUAAGAGGGUGAAGACCAGCCCCCUGCCAAGCUCUCCCUGCCUUCCCUGCUGCGUGCUUAGUGUGUGGGGCUGGAGACCCGGCCCUGCUCCCCUGCCAGGGCCCUACCCCCACAACCCCCCCCCGGCCACCCUGCAACCUGCUGCGGUGGCUUCCUACCCCAGCUGAGUGCCAGAGGGGUCUGUGCCUCGUGUCCCCCCACCCAGCUGGCCUGCUGCUCCCCUGGGGCUGGCAUGCGGCAGCACCCCCAGCCCAGCCGUGCCGGGGAGCGGGGCAGCGUGCCAAGCCCACCCCAGCCAUGGGCUGGCAGUGUGUGCUGAUGGCCGGCCGGCUGGCCGGCUCCCGCAAGGCUCGGGCACGGCUUCCUACCAAAGAGCGCUCUGCCACCGCCGUCCCAGGCCUGUAAAUGCCUCUCCCAAACCCACACUCUCCGGUUGGGCUGCCGCUGAUGUAGCCACGGUGCUUUUAGUGCCUUUAAUAAACACUUCUCUGCAAGUGC